AAGACAUCACAGGCAAGUAUAUGAGACAUUCAGGCUGCAUAUAAUGCAUAAUAUGUUUGGUCCCGUGGUAUCUGGCAGGCAUCGCCCUAAGCGUCGACAAGCAUGACGACGAGCCCCCACGGGUCCUCACAUUCUACAAGCACAACACAGAGGUCAUCCUCAUUGGGCGCAGAUCCAGUGUGUCGACUAAGCCGCAAGCUGAGGAAACCGACCGCGCACUCUUCAGAUGUCCGGUGAUAAGCCGCAGGCAUGCGAAGAUCAUCUUCACGCAGUACGGAAACGUGUAUCUUUCUGACUUGUCAUCCCAUCACGGUACCCAUAUCCUCAGACCAGGCGAGAAAGCAUCUACCAUGAUCAAGCCCGACUCCCCGAGCGUGCUCGCCGACGGCGACACCAUCACCUUCGGGAAAGCCGUCGGAAGAGACGAGAGCAUCGUCAGCCCCAUCAUCGCCAAGGUGCGCUUGCUCUUUGGAACGCUCCCGCCGUCGCCCGAACCCGCAUCAAGCAUUACGCCAGCGACGCCGGCUGCGCCGACUGCCGCCGUUCACACGUCCUCUGGGCGUUACGGCAUCUAUACGCCCGCUAUGACCUCGUCCAGCUCUGACUCCUCUGAGAGCGAGGACAUUGAAGAAAUCCCCCCGCCAUCCCAAGCUCCACGUCUGUGCGGCCCACUCCCCUUCGGCUUCGGCCCCAGGACCUCGCAUGCGUACCAGAUGCACCAUGUAUUCCAUACCCGUCAUGCGCAUCACACCCAGAUGAUCCCUAAUCCACCUGGUCGCCUCGGGCUGCUGCGCAGGAUCCUCCCCCGCGUCGGAUCCAUUGAGGAGAUCGCUACCGGCCACGGCUCCAGCAGGCUAUCCCCCAUCUCUGUCUAUUCUGCCUCGCGGUCUCCGUCUGUCGUUGAAGUGCGCCGGGAAGAUGUGCAGCCUCCCGCUGCAGAGCCGGAAGACAUCAGUCCCUCCCCCUUCCCCGAGCACCGGUCGCGCGCGCAGUCGCCCAGCGAGGAUAUGGACCUCGAGAGCGACGCUCCCUCGGAAUACCCGGGCAAGUCUGGCGGCAUGGAGAUCAUCCUGGAGGCGAGCUUCGAUGGGCCCCUACCCGUCCUGGCAGCCUCCUCGCGCCUCUGCACGCCUGAGCCGGACCCCGAACCGGUGCACAGCUUCCAGCAGAGGCAAGUCGAGGACGACGAGAGCGACGGCGACAUGUACGCCACGCCUGCCCCGCAGCUUAUCCCCGAACCCGUGCAGGAGCCAGAGCCGGUGUCGCUUGCUGUCCCGCCUCUUGCUCCUGAGGUUCCUGAGCUUUUCAUGGACGAUGCGGCCUGGUGCUUGUCCGAUUAUCCCAGCCGCUCUGCGUCCCCCGCCCCGGCCGCCGAGCCCUUUGACAUGCGCGUCGAGAACCUGAAGAACAGACUCGCGGACCUCGAGCAACGCAUGCUUGCGUCGUCAAAGGCGAGCACUGCGGAACCGUCCGCCGGCGAUGCGGAGCCCGAGCAGGUCGAACAGCCCGAACAGUCUGAGCAGCCCGCCGCCGAAGUGGCGGCGCCGGCGCCGGCGGAGGCCGUCGCGCCGAUGGUCGACAACCUGAAGGAGAUGCUCCAAUCCCUCGACGAGCUGCGCAAGAAGGCGGAGGCAGACAUGGCCCAGGAGCUCGACGCCGUCCGCGCGCUGCGCGCCGAGGCCGAGGCCGCCGCCCACGCCGCCCUCGCCCUCGCCGUCGCACCCGCCGUCCCGGUGACCGUAGACCUCGGCGGCGACCACGGAACCGACAAGGUAAGUGCACCCCACGCGGCCCGCUGUGCGCGCGACGCUCACGGCGCGCAGACCCCGCCCGCGGCAAGUGGGCUGAAGCGCAAGCGUGACGAGCUCGAGGACGGCAGCGGCGGUGUCUACGGGGCUGUCGCUCCCGUGGCGCAGACGCCGGUGUCUUGCCACGUCCUCUUCGACAGGCUCGCUGCCGAGCCCCCGCGCAAGCGUGCCCGCGGCGUGGACGUCGCGCGUCGCAUCGCGCUCGGCGUUGCGAAGACGACAGCCAUCGCGGCUGUCGGCGCCGUCGCGACGUGGUCUGCGCUUGCGUUCAGUUAGGCGGGUAGUCGCGUGCAAAAAGCGGCGCGGGUGUGUGAGUGUACGAAUAGGAACAGAAGGAGUGUUUUUUCGAGCUUCUUGAAGAGAUGAGGAUGUGGACUUUUUUCUUUUUCUUUUUUUCUUCGUGCCCUAAUGUGUACGUAGUAUGCCUCAGUUGAUUCGUCUUGUAUGUAUUGUGGAAGAAUGUGAAAUGGAAUUA